AUGUUCAAGAAGAAGCCCACUAUCAAAAACCUCUCGCCGUUGCGAUCCUCAGACCGGCGCAAAAUAGCAGACCAGAUAAUCAGCGACUACAAGAUCGCGAUCCCCUCGGCCCCCGCCGAAUCCAGCGAUGAUGCCGCCGCCGCGAAUCCGAAUCCGAAUCCCACACAACCAACCCUCACCUCAAUCCGCAAUGCCCUCCUGCCCGAAAACUGCCUCUCCGCACGCUUCACAACAACCGCCGGCCCCGACCUGCGCGAAGUCCAAGGAACAGUUUACGUAGGUACCCACGGCGACGCCGAAGAACGCGCGCUCUGGUUCAGAAUCGACCAGGGCCCCGGCGCAGAGAAACGUCUUUACCCCACCGUCUACACGCUCUGGCAUAACCCGAACAUUGUACCGCUGCUCCACACGCCGGAGUUUGUUAUGGGGAAGCUCCGGGCUGGCGCGGACUUAAUGACGCCUGGGCUGGCGAAUGAGCCGCCGUUUGAUGAGCGCGCGGUUGAGGGGGCGGUUGUUGCGGUGGCGAGUCUGGAUCGCGAGACUGUGCCUUUGUUUGUGGGGAUUUGCGAGAUUGAUGUUUCGGCUCUUGGGGAGGUGCAGGGGAGCAAGGGGCAUGCUGUGAGGGGGAUACAGUGGGAGGGGGAUGAGCUUUGGGCUUGGAGUCCGUCGUCUAGGCCUGGUGUUCCUGCUCCGGAGUAUUUGGAGGGCUGGGAUGAGGUGGAAGGAGAAGAAGAGGUAGAGGCUGGAGUUGAAGAAGGAGUUGAGGGGUUGGAUCUGGGAGACAAGGAUGGCGAGGAUGCUACAGCAGACGCUGGAGAGCUGGCUGACGAAUCGGUGGAAGAGCCGGUUGUUGAGAAAGAGCCUACAACGAAAGAAAUCGAUGAUGCAUUCGAGAAAGCCUUCCUAUAUUCGCUAUAUAAACUGAAGCAGGACAAUCCGUCUACGCCGAACCAUGGCCUGUCUCUCCCUAUAUCGCCAUCCGCUCUUAUCGCGAACAUGAUCACCCCAUACCUCCCUAUAUACACGGCACAGCAAGCUCAGUUCUAUCAGAUCAAGAAGACAAGCUGGAAGAACGUCAAGAAGUUUAUCAAGUACCUGGACAAACAGGUUCUGGUCAAGUCCAAAGACCGCAACGGGCAGGAGACGGUUAUUUUAGAUGUCGACUUUGACGACCACCGUGUGGUUGACUUUACUCCAUACCGGCUUGCAAACAAGGGCGCAGUCGAGAGCGCAGGAAAGUCAUCGAACGCCGUUGGCAAGAAGGCUGCAGCAACCACCGGCGGCGGUGACCCCUCCGUCGGGCAGACACUCACAGUGCAAACCCUAUACCGACCAACAACGAAGCUCACACCAACCAUCUUCCCGCCUCUCUCCAGCACACAUCCUAGCAACUUCUAUAAAUACUCCGACGUCUCCAAACGGAUAGACGAGUACAUCCAGUCUCAAAGCCCCUCAAUCGUCGACCCGCAGAACAAACGCAUUCUUACUCUCAAUCCAUUCCUCGCCAACACCAUCUUCACCUCAUCUUCAGCAGAUGACAAAAACACCCUUGCGCGCGGCAAGACAACCCGCGACUUCCUCCUCAAGCGCCUGAUCGAAGACUCGACGCUGCUUGCACCCCACUACGCCAUCCUCAAGCCAGGACAGACCCUCUCCGACGUCAAGCCCAAGGCUGGAGCAGCGCCUAAGGCUCUUGUCACACUAGAACGCCGCACAGGCUCCAAAACCGUCACCAAGGUCUCAAACCUGGAGAUUUUCGGAAUAAUCCCGACGCUGCUCGCCGAGGAGCUUCAGAAGAAAUGCGCUAGCAGCACGAGCGUUUCGCAGGCUACCGGCGCUCCAAAGGGAGUAAUGGAGGUCCUAGUCCAGGGCGAUCAACGCAAAGUCAUUGAUACCGCGCUUACACGGCGUGGCUUGAAGAGCCAGUGGAUUGAGGUGGUGGAUAAGACGAAGAAGAAGAAGAAAUAG